UUAACUGUCAAAUAAAAAGUUUUAAAAUCAUCUGAUUUUAGCAAAACGAAUUAAAACAUGAGCUCACUCACGCAAUCAUGCAUUGUUGCAUCAACAUUAAGUUUAAUUUUAAUAGCAUCAAUGCAAAUUUUCAAGGAAAUUCUUACCUCAUCUAAAUUAGCAACAAUAUUUGGUGGAUUUUUAGGCUCAAAUUUAUUUGUUUUAGUUUUAACUGCUAUAAGUAAUGGCGAGACGAUACUUUUUGGCAAUUCAUUUCAAACUAAUUUGUUUCCAGAAGUGGUGAUAUGCUUAAUAAUCUCGGCAUUUUUUUCAUCAUUGGUUCACAGAGUUUGCUUUACCGUUUGCAUUAUAUUUUCCUUGGUUGCCUUAUAUUAUAUCAAUAGAAUAUCUGACAUCACACACAAUUACCAUCAAUACAAUAAUAUUCAACAACAAACCAAAACACAAUCCAAACCAAAUCAUAAUUCAAGCCUGGCUCAUAAUACACCAAAGGUAUUGCAUAAUGCAACAAAAUCAGUUAAACAUUCAACAUCACUUUCUAAAACUCCUGUACCUAAAGUUGAACCCAAAAAAAUAAACACAUUUAAAAACUCUACUGAACCAACAAAGAACAAGGUCAUCAAUGGAUUGGUUUCGGGUAAAUUGCCAAGAUCUCAAGAAAAAAAAUCCAAAUAGAUUUUAUAUAUACUUUAACAAAUCCUUGCGUAUAAUGGUUUUGGGUUAAUUUUAUAUUUAUAAAUAACUUUUAUGAAGAUUUUAUAAUGAAUAUUCUUAAAUUUCAUUUGUAUAAUUUUACAUCUGUAAAAAUGAAUAAUAUACCAA